UAUGGCGUCCCCCAUGUAGGCACCGGCUGUGGUUUCUGCCGCAGGUGUCCAGUGUAGUUCUGAGCAGCAGCUGGGUUUGCUCCAGUCUGCGCUGCAGAAGCAGCGAACUUUAUGCCUGGUUACGGCUCCAGAAAGCCACACUUCUCUGAGGAUUUGGAAUCGCCGUUUCCUUUUAGAUUCUGAAAGUUUCUCUCCUCAGCCCUUGUUUGUUUCCCGUGUCAUUUCUGGGACACCCUUUUCUCAGGUUCCCUGACCCUCUCAGACUCAAACUAUGAGCCUCCGGCAGCUGCUGUUGCGCUUGUCCGGUUAUCUCGGGGCUUCUGGUCCCCCAAAUCGCCAGUGGUGGUGCUUCCGAUCCCUCGACACCAUCUCCUCCGCAGGCUCCUGGCGUGGUCGGUCCUCCAGGUCUCCAGCCCAUUGGAACCAGGUGGUGUCUGAGGCAGAGAAGAUCGUGGGCUACCCCGCAUCCUUCAUGAGUCUCCGCUGCCUGCUGAGCGACGAGCUCAGCAACAUCGCUAUGCAGGUGCGGAAGCUGGUGGGGACUCAGCACCCUCUGCUUACCACUGCCAGGGCCCUUGUGCACGACAGCCGGCAUAACCUACAGCUGCGGGGCCUGGUUGUGCUGCUCAUUUCAAAGGCCGCGGGGCCCAGUGCUGGGAACGCUUCGAGUCAGAACUACGACAUGGUCAGUGGGAUAUACUCAUGUCAAAGAAGUUUGGCAGAGAUCACAGAACUUAUCCAUACUGCUCUCCUGGUGCAUCGUGGGAUAGUAAACUUAAGUGAAUUACAGUCGUCUGAUGGACCACUGAAAGACAUGCAGUUUGGAAACAAAAUAGCUAUCCUGAGUGGAGACUUCCUUCUAGCAAAUGCCUGCAAUGGACUAGCUCUUCUACAGAACACUAAGGUUGUGGAGCUUUUAGCAAGUGCUCUUAUGGACUUGGUGCACGGGGUAUACCAGGAGAACUCUGCUUCCACCAAGGGGAAUUCUAUUACAGAUGAUAUUAGAAUGUCGACCUGGAAGGAACAGACUUUCCUGUCCCACUGUGCCUUGCUAGCGAAGAGCUGCCAGGCUGCAAUGGAGUUAGCGAAGCAUGAUGCUGCGGUCCAAGACAUGGCAUUCCAGUAUGGGAAGCACAUGGCCAUGAGUCACAAGAUAAAUUCUGACCUCCAGCCUUUUAUUAGAGACAAGACCAGUGACUCUAAGUCCUUUAACCUAAACUCAGCACCUGUAGUCUUACAUCAGGAGUUUCUUGGAAGAGAUUUAUGGAUUAAGCAGAUUGGAGAGGCUCAAGAGAAAGGAAGGUUGAACUACAGUAAGGUAACAGGCAAAGUGGCGAUUCUAGAGUGUCAGAUGGAAACACCAAGACCAUCUAUCCUACUUGCGUAGUUAAGACAGAACAGGACUUGUAAGAUGCACUGUACUUACCACGUGUUGAGACUUGGCCUUGUGCGGUAUUGUGGGACAGUCAGUGACCAUGCGUAGCUCUCAGACUACUCCAUUCCUCAGCUGCCAACCCAGCGUCCAGUACUGCUGAUCAGCUCAGUGCUGGGGGGAAGGCUGCCACCUACUAAGCUGCAGCAGUUCCUGGGUGUGCACAGGACGGGUGCAGGAGCCUCUCAGACCACGCGCGUGGUCUGCUAUGGCAACUAAUGUGCAUGUCCAAGAGAAGACGAAUAUAUUGACUACUCUUGCUUAGAAAACCAUCUACAAACGUCUGUGUAUUUUCCCCAUCUGGAGCUGAGCGUAUGCCUGCAGUUGAGCCUACUGCUCCUUGAAAUAAGCUGCUGCUAAAAGACUAAGGCAGAUGGUAUUUUUACCACUUGAGGCAAAACAUGGCACCUAUGGUUCGACUUUCUACAAUUUUAAUUUUUUAACAUUUUCAAGAUGGCUUGUUUAAAUAUCUCCAUCACAGAGACACAGACUUCUUCCCGACUCCUUUUAAAUCAUUGCUUGAGCUACACAGGCACUGGCAAAGCUCACUUGAUCAGAAGCAGACUCCGAGGCAUGGCGCGGCCUGCCUUCUGUUCACUCUUUCCCGGGAGCCUGGGAGUGUGCCAUAGUGGCCUGAUUGCGACAUGAGCCGUGCUUGCUGGGCUCCUGCGACCUGCGACCCUCGCCUCUACUUUACUAAUAUGCAUUUCUUAUCAUUUGGCUUAUGACUCCGUAUGGAAGUGUGCUUUGUUCUGUUUUGCUUCCACUUUUUGAAAGUGUUUCUUCCUAUUAUUAUUAUUUGUCUGUGUGAGGUAAGUGUGAGAGUGCAAGGGCUUGAGCACACCUACAUGAAGCUCUGAAGGAUGAGUUCUCUCCUUCCAUGGUAGGGUCCAGGGUUGAAUUCAGAUGGCAGUUUACCCACCAAGCCAGCUCACUGACCCUGGUUUUUAUUUUAAGAUUUAUUUAUUUUAUUAUUUUAUAUGCAUGCAUGUAUUAUGUAUGUAUGUAUGUAUGUAUGUAUAUAUGUACCACAUGGGUGCUUAGGGAAUUAGAAACCGGGGAACUGGAAUUACAGGAGGUUGGGGACCACCCAAUGUGGGUGUUGGAACUGAACUGGGAUCCUUUGGAAGAGCAGAAUGCAUUUGUGGGGAUGUAGGGGUUAGCCUUGGCAGUCCUGGACCCACUCUGCAGACUAGGCUGGCCUCAAACUCACAGAGAUUCACCUGCCACUGCCUCCCAAGUGCUGAAGUUAAAGGUGGGUACCAUCAGUGCCAGGUACAGAGUAAUUCGUGACUGCUGAGCCACAUGAUAUCCUCUUAGGAGGGUCACCCGAAACACAGAAUGGCUCACAGAUGAGCACGGAGCGAAGAAAGAUUAAUUCUUUAGGGCUGUAGUUCCAGUCUUGUGCAAGAGAGAUCCUGAGCAUGGCCAAUGGGGCUCAUGCAUUUGCAUAAAGUGCACAUUACAAUUCUCUUCCCACCAGCAAGGAUGUGCCCUAAUACUUGCGUUCACAUGAUCAGGUCAGCACUUCUUUGAGAAGAAAGAGAGCGUCUCCUCUUCAUGACUCCCCCUGGUUUGCCUUGCUGCUGCCCAUUCCUUCUCUUUAUUGGCCAUAAAUGCCUCAAUGGUGUAUCCUUUUUUUUUUUUUUUUUUUUUUGAGUAUUGGAAAAAUAUAUACCAUUGGUGCAUUGGUGUUUUUAUGCACAAGUCUGUUCACUUACUUACUUGGGUGGUUAUUUAUUUCAGUGGCCCCCUUCCCCUCAGCCCCAGCUAGCUGGCUCUGAGACGCUGUCACAUGGGCACAGGUAGGCCCUAGAUGUUGCUCUUUUCUUCUCUCUGUCCCCUUGUCUAAGGCAGAUGCUGCUUCUCCCAACCUGGGAUUUCAUACUAACAUCGCCCGUAAAAGAUUCCACCCAGCAUCACUGCAGGCACAGAGUCUCGCACUUCCUCUAGGCUCCUGGAGAUGUCUUACCAUUAGCGCUCCUGUUUUAAUUAGUGAUAAUUAUAGAGACUGCCUAGCUGCAUUGACCUUCUCUGUCCUUUCUUGCCCCUGAAGGACUUGCAGUGCAGAAAAUAAGCUGUUAAUAGCACACUUUAAAAAGAAAGAGCCCAACUGUAAAAACUAUCUGAUGUAGGUGCAACCGUGUAAAAUGUUCUAUACUUAAUAAAGACUAAAAAGUAGCAUGUUAAAAUAUGUGAAUAAGGUGCCAGGCGUGGUGGUGCACGCCUUUAAUCCCAGCGCUUGGGA